GGAUCACCAUCAGCUUGCCGCAGCGUGCUACGAUUCUGUGGUGGUGUGGGAUACAAAAUUUGGAGGAGAGCCACGCCAUACCCUGAGAGGCCACUCUUUAUGGAUCAAUGGACUUUCAUAUUCGCCGAACGGCGAGCAUAUCGCCACAUGUUCGGAUGAUAUGACAGUACGUCAAUGGAGCACACAGUCAGGCCAGGUGACCCAUAUCUUUACGGGCCAUAGUGAUGGUGUUAAUCACGUUGCGUACUCGCCUAUAUCCAAUCUACCACUUGCCUCAUUCAGUAACGACAAGACUCUCCGCCUGUGGGACAUUCAGUCAUCACAAUCAAGUAGUAGUCAGCAUAGUGGUCAUACAGGGUGGGUGACAAAAGUCAUUUCUUCAGCUAGCACUGGAAAACAACAGCAGAUUGCGUCCGCAGGGAGUGACAAGACAAUCCGGUUAUGGGAUGCAGAAAAUGGCCAGCUUAUCCGGACUUUGUAUGGUCAUACGGAGGGGGUCCGAAUGAUUGUGUACUCGCCCUGCGGUCAAAAGAUGGUAUCCUGUGGUAACGACGGGACUGUGAGGUUGUGGGAUCUGGGGUCGGGGCAGCUAGUCCAUACAUUUAAAUAUGAGAUAAGUGUUUAUACCGUAGAUUACUCCCCUAGAGGUGACUAUGUCAUCUGGGGUCGUCGAGACGGAUAUCUUUGCGUGUGGGAUGCAUCCUUGCCGUCGUCGUGGCCUUUGCUUUUGUCAGCAGGAGGACAAGGCGAGGAAUCUGAGAUGACUCUAAAGUACACGAUUCAGGGCCAUCAAGAAUCGGUUUCCUGUGUCAAGUUUUCGCCAAGUGACGAUGGAUAUCAGUUUGCUUCAUCAAGUGAUGACAAGUCUAUCAAGUUAUGGGAUGCAUCUACUGGCGAGCUUUUAUAUACACUUGAGGGCCAUAGAGAUAUUGUUCUUGAUGUGAAGUACUCACCUGAUGGAGGGAAGCAGGUCGCGUCACGAAGCGCAGACUGUACUGUCCGGCUGUGGGAUCCACAAGAGGGUCAAUUGUUGCAUAUCCUGGAGCACUCGGGUGCUAUCAGCUGUAUGGCAUAUUCUGUAGAUGGCCGACGGAUCGCACUUGGGGGCGUGAAAGGAUCAGUGACCCUGUGGAACACCCAGACAGGGGCAUUGAUUGGUCGAUUGGAUGGCCAUGUGGCGAUGAAGCGUAUUUAUGAGAUGGCCUUCUCACCCUGUGAUCGAUAUCUCGCAAGUGCUGGCGAAGACAAGACGCUCCGAGUGUGGGAUGUAGAUGCACAGUCAAUAUUAGGAUCGAGAUCACUAGGACAAUGUCUAGCAGUGGUAGAAUUUAAUGAUCAGGUCAGGACUCUAACUUGGAAUACUUCCGCAGAGAAAGGUGUCUUUUUGGUAACGGGGUGCAUGGAUAACUCAGUUCGGACAUGGCAAAUUAUCACAGAGGAGGAAGGGAAAGUGCGGAAGACAGUCGUGAAUGAUGUAGAGAAACAGGAGACGGGAGAUGGUAAGAAGAAUAUAGAUCCUUCAAGUUCCGGUCAAUGUCAGUGUCGCCUGUGGUGGAGUUCGUCACAGGUGAUGCUCAAUGCGGAAGGGGCCAUUAUCCAAGAUGUAAAAGGCCUUGGGGGAAUGCAAAAGGCGUUGUUGAAGCAGCAUGGAGCUGUAGGAGAAGCAAUAGCGCCAAUUGGGUUCAAGGAAGCAAGCAAGAGACUGGGAGCGAUGGCAGCUGUGGCCUCGAAUCUUAAGCUACUAGGCAAGAUGGAGAGGGACAAAGACAAGGUUCAAGCAAGUAUUGUUCCACAAAAGACGACAUGGAUGACAAAGAUAAAUGCGAUAGACGCAAGUGUGAGCGAAGUUAUAGAGGAUGCAGAUAGAGCAAAUGGUUGUCGAGUGGCAUGCAAGGUGUGUAAUGCAACACAUGUCAUCAGCGUGGAACAUUCCCACGCGUAGAGUUGUAAAAAAUUAUAAAAAAUAUUUAUUCAGGGACGAGAGUUGGCUUUGAAAUAGG